AUGUCGGACAGUGGUAGCGGCUCGGAUGCUGACAGUGUGGCAUCGAAUCGUUCCCGCAAGAGUGGAGGAUCGAACCGUUCGGUAUCGCGAUCGGUGUCGCGAUCACCGCAACGCUCCCGAUCGGCUUCCUCAUCGCAAUCGGAGAACGAGCGGCCGCGAAAAAAGCAACGCAAAGACCGUCGGCGUCUGGACGAUGAUGACGACGAUGAUGAGGAAGAGGCGGAAGACGAGCAGGAGCCGGAAGGGGAAGAUCUAGAUUCGGAGGAGUACGACGACGAGGAGGAUGACGACGACAACCGGCGCGGUGGGCGCAAAAAGAAAAAGAAACAGGAACGUUUCGGUGGCUUCAUCAUCGACGAGGCAGAGGUAGACGAUGAAGUCGACGAGGACGAGGAGUGGGAAGAUGGCGCACAAGAGAUGGGCAUCGUGGGCAACGAGAUCGAAGAAGUUGGCCAAACGGCCCGUGAGAUCGAGAACAGACGGCGCGGUACAAACUUGUGGGACUCCCACAAGGAAGACGAAUUGGCCGAAUAUCUGAAGCGCAAGUAUGCUGACGCUUCGGUGGCACGCCGCCAGUUUGGUGAUGGCGGAGAGGAGAUGUCCGAUGAGAUCACGCAACAGACGCUGCUGCCGGGCAUCAAAGAUCCAAACCUGUGGAUGAUGAAGUGUCGCAUAGGCGAGGAAAAAUCCACAGCACUGCUUUUGAUGCGUAAAUUUUUGACCUACCAAAACACGGAUCAACCUAUGCAGAUUAAGACCGUCGUCGCACCGGAAACCGUCAAAGGGUACAUUUACAUCGAGGCAUACAAGCAGGCGCACGUGAAGGCGGCAAUCAACAAUGUGGGCAACCUCCGUGUCGGUAUCUGGAAGCAGGAGAUGGUCCCGAUCAAGGAAAUGACGGACAUUCUGAAGGUGGUCAAGGAACAAACGGGCCUGAAACCGAAGCAAUGGGUGCGUUUGAAGCGCGGCAUCUACAAGGACGACAUCGCGCAGGUAGACUACGUAGAUCUGGCCCAGAACCAGGUUCAUCUGAAGCUACUUCCUCGUAUUGACUACACGCGGCUAAGAGGAGCCUUGCGGGCGACUCAAACGGAAGAAGGAAGCGAUGGUAAAAGGAAAAAACGUCGUCCAGCGGCCAAAUCUUUCGAUCCGGAAGCAAUCCGCGCGAUCGGCGGCGAGCUAACUUCCGAUGGAGAUUUUCUCAUCUUUGAGGGCAACCGAUACUCGCGGAAAGGAUUUCUCUACAAGGCAUUCACAAUGUCAGCUGUGUUGGCGGAAGGUGUGAAACCUACGCUAGCCGAACUGGAGCGGUUCGAGGAACAGCCCGAGGAAAUCAACAUCGAGCUUGCCGUAUCUUCGAAGGAAGAUCCGGUGACCGCCCACUCAUUUUCGAUGGGCGAUAACGUGGAAGUAUGCGUCGGUGAUCUGAUGAAUUUGCAAGCGAAGAUCGUCGCGAUUGAUGGAUCGCUGAUCACCGUUAUGCCGAAGCAUGAAGAGCUGCGUGAUCCGCUUAUUUUCAAGGCAUGCGAAUUACGCAAGUAUUUCAAGACGGGAGACCACGUGAAAGUCCUGGCCGGACGGUACGAAGGCGAGACGGGUCUGAUCGUGCGCGUAGAACCCUCCCGUAUCGUGCUCGUCUCCGAUCUGACCAUGCACGAGCUGGAGGUGCUUCCGCGGGAUCUUCAGCUGUGCACGGAUAUGGCAACAGGAGUGGACUCGCUCGGUAUCUACCAAUGGGGCGAUCUUGUGCAGCUGGACGCACAAACCGUGGGCGUAAUCGUACGCCUGGAACGCGAAAACUUCCACGUGCUCGGAAUGCACGGCAAAGUCAUCGAAUGUAAACCGACGGCUUUGCAAAAGCGUCGUGAAAAUCGCAACACAAUCGCGCUGGAUGGGGAGCAGAAUCAAAUCCGCCGUAAGGACAUCGUAAAGGUGCUGGAAGGGCCUCACACCGGGCGCGAUGGUGAAAUCAAGCACCUGUAUCGUAACCUUGCAUUCCUGCACUCGCGCAUGUACACGGAGAACGGAGGUAUUUUUGUGGUUAAAACGCGCCAUUUACAGCUGGCCGGAGGCAACAAGAACCCGAUGCAAAACAGCAACCCGAUGAUGUCGCCAUUCGGAGGCAUCAUGUCACCGCGCAUUCAUUCGCCGAUGCAUCCGUCUGGUGGACGUGGCGGUGGGGGGGCAACUCGCGGUGGUCGUGGUGGUGGCCGAGGGGGUGCACGUGUUUCGCGUGAUCGUGAAAUUCUUGGUCGCACGAUCCGUAUCACCGGAGGACCGUACAAGGGAGCCGUUGGUAUCGUGAAGGAUGCCACGGAAACGACGGCUCGAGUGGAGCUGCACUCGUCAUGUCAGACGAUUUCGGUCGAUCGAAACCAUAUAGCGAUCGUGGAUGGUGGAGUGACCAAGGCUGGAAGCAUUUCGUCGUACUUGCGAACACCGAGCCGUACACCAGCGAGCAGCUAUGGUGCUCAAACACCGGUUUAUUCUGGCUCGAAGACGCCACUGCAUGGUUCCCAGACACCGCAGUACGAUCCUGGCAGCCGUACUCCUUACGGCUCGAUGACUCCGUCGCACGAUGGCUCGAUGACACCGCGACAUGGUGCUUGGGAUCCGACCGUAUCCAACACGCCAGCCCGGUCGAACGAUUUCGAUUUCAUGGAGGAACCAUCACCUUCGCCUGGUUACAAUCCCAGCACGCCCGGAUACCAGAUUAACACGCCGUAUGCACCGCAUACUCCAGGCAACAUGUUCAAUGCGGACAACUACAGUCCUUACCAGGCCAGUCCGAAUCCGAGCCCAUCACCCUACCAGGUUGGAGGGUACAUCGGAACACCCUCGCCCAGUGCUUAUUCUCCUGCUACGCCUGGUGCACCGGCUUCUCCGUACAAUCCGCAAACACCCGGCGCUGGGCUUGAUCCUCAGUUGGGUGAUUGGUUUACGACUGACAUCGAAGUCACGAUCCGAAGCCAUGGCGAUUCCGAUCUUAGCGGACAGACGGGCAUUAUUCGCACCGUAAAUAAUGGUGAUUGUGUCGUGUUUCUGCCGGAGGAGGAUCACUGCGUUACGGUUCCGAUUUCGAAUUUGCAACCGGUGCUGCCCGAACCGGGCGAGAAGUUUAAGGUCAUCGUUGGUGAGGAUCGCGAAACGGUCGGCGAGUUUAUGGAGAUGUCCGGCAGCAACGAGGCGGUGGUUAUGAUGAACGGCCAGUCGACGCUCAUACCGAUGAACUAUAUGGCCCGUUACCGGGAGCCGACGAAAAAUUAAGCAUUAAGAAAAAAUAAGAUUUAACGUUUUAACACAAUUGUAAAGUCAAUAAAAAAAGGACAGAAAUUCUAGCUGUUGCGAUGGUUAGCUUAAAAAAUAUGUUCAUUGCAAAAUACGACAUUUCAUGGUGUUGACUGUGACGACUGCGUACAUGCUUAUGUGUAUGCAAACUGGAAGAAUUGCUUAUCUGAAAUAAAG